CCUUGGAUCAUCUGUAAAGCACUUGGCCCUUCAGACCCUUCCAGGCCUGUGAGUGUGUUCAUGCCUCUCAUGGUAUUUAUAGUGUUAUCCUUGCAUCGUGGCUCAGCUCCCACCCCUGAUCCAUGUGGGACCCAGGCCACUCCAAAGCCUGCUCAGUGCAACCAGAAUUUUGGGUGAGAGAGGAAUUGCUGGCCCCUCACGUAACAGCAGUUUCCCAAGAACUGUGUCUUCUGGACCAGGGGCUCGAUCUGAUUAUGAGUGACCAGCGGGGCCAUGUGAACAGCCUCUUCCUGAAGGAGGAGUCAGCCAAGCGUCUCAGGUCCAACAGCCGGGUGCAGCGCUUCCAAAAGGCAGUGCAGGAGCGGGCAGCACGGGCCAAGAAGCGGAUGCACAGCAUCACCAAAGACAGCGCCAAGGGCUUCCUCAGGAGAAAUGCCUUUGUCCUCUUCACCAUCAGUGCUGUCCUACUGGGGAUCAUUUUGGCCUUUGCCCUCCGACCCUACAAGAUGACCUAUCGCCAGAUCAAGUAUUUCUCCUUCCCAGGAGAGCUGCUGAUGCGGAUGCUCCAGAUGCUGGUUCUUCCCCUCAUUGUCUCCAGCCUGGUCACAGGCAUGGCCUCACUGGAUGGCAAAGCCUCUGGGAAGAUGGGGCUGCGGGCCGUAGUCUACUACAUGGUGACCACCAUCAUAGCGGUCUUCAUCGGCAUCCUCAUGGUGAUCAUCAUCCAUCCAGGCAAAGGGUCCAAGGACAAACUGCACCGGGAGGGCAAGAUUGAGCAGGUGCAAACAACUGAUGCCUUCAUGGACCUAGUCAGGAACAUGUUCCCGCCGAACCUAGUAGAAGCCUGCUUCAAACAGUACAAGACACAGUACAGCACCAGGAUCUUCACCAGAACCAUCCUCCACAGCAGCAAUGUCACAGCAGGGACCACUGCCAACUCACAGGCUUCCAUGCCUGAGAAUGUCACCGGCACCCUGGAGAACGUCACACGCACCCUUAGGAGCCUGCAGGAAGUGCUGAGCUUUGAGGAAACCAUCCCCAUCCCCGGCUCAGCCAGCGGGGUGAAUGCGCUGGGCCUGGUGGUGUUCUCCGUGUGCUUUGGCCUGGUGAUUGGCAGCAUGAAGCAGAAGGGACGGGCCCUGCAGGAGUUCUUCAACUGCCUCAACGAAGCCAUCAUGAGGCUGGUGGCCAUUAUCAUCUGGUAUGCCCCAGUCGGGAUCCUGUUCUUAAUCGCUGGCAAGAUUCUGGAGAUGGACGACUUAGCAGUGAUGGGGGGCCAGCUGGGAAUGUACACGCUCACCGUCAUCGUGGGGCUGCUCAUACACUCCCUGUGUGUCCUGCCGCUGCUGUACUUCAUCGUCACCCACAAGAACCCAUGGGUGUUCAUCGCAGGUCUUCUGCAGGCGCUCAUCACAGCACUGGGCACCUCCUCAAGCUCGGCCACGCUACCCAUUACAUUCAGGUGCUUGGAAGAAAACAACGGGGUGGACAGACGCAUCACCAGGUUCGUUCUGCCCGUAGGCGCGACCAUUAACAUGGAUGGCACAGCUCUAUAUGAGGCCCUGGCAGCCAUCUUCAUCGCACAAGUCAACAACUACGAGCUUGACUUCGGGCAAAUCAUCACAAUCAGCAUCACUGCCACUGCAGCCAGCAUUGGAGCGGCAGGCAUCCCCCAGGCAGGCCUGGUGACCAUGAUGAUUGUGCUGACAUCGGUGGGGCUGCCAACCGAGGACAUCACACUAAUCAUUGCGGUGGACUGGUUUCUGGACCGUCUGAGAACCACCACCAAUGUGCUAGGGGACUCCCUGGGAGCCGGGAUUGUGGAGCAUCUGUCUCGGCAUGAGCUGGAUGCACAGGACAGUGAGCUUGGGAAUUCUGUGAUUGAGGAGAAUGAGAAGCCCUACCACCUGAUCUACCAGGCGAACACCCACAAGCACCGCAGCAGCGAGACAAUCAUGUGACGCCAGGGAGCAGGGUUCAGAUUGAGCCUUUAAAAAGCAGCUCCUCGUGCGUCUCGGUGGAGAACUCGAAGUUGGGGCCCUCCACAAUGGCAUCCACAGGGCAGGCCUCCUGGCAGAACCCGCAGUAAAUGCCCAGUUGUUGUUAGCAGGUACUUAAAUGUAUCUUGUGCUAAGUGAGCCCUGCAUCCCAUUGCAUUAAUACAACCUGACAGGCAAGGCUCCCACAGAGCAGUAUGCCUAAAGCCUUGUCUCUUGCAGUUGCCUCCUUUGUGAAGGAGACUUGAGAAGGAACAGCAGCUGAGCGGCGGCCUGCAGUCAGCUAGUGCAAACCUGGCUCACCGAGGGGAUUUCAAAAUUCAAGCUGAAGAAAGAUCUUUUUACCUUGAUACUUGUUUGCCCCAACCCUGGCAUUUUUCUUCAGGUUCCCAGCUAAUUACAUGGUUGAGAUUGUAGGUCUUUAUGUUUACACUAUCCAAAGGGUAAAAGAUUGUCAGAAAGGUGUGUACAUCUUUCUCUCACUUGCUCGCUUACAUUUUUUUGCUGCUACUUCCAGAAUGAAGGGAGGUGCAGAUUCACAAAGAUACUUAUGUGUUGUGAUGCUGAUCAGAUUGGGCCCCACAUGUGAGUUAGGUGGGCGAAUGCCGGUCUGCCUCAGUUUGUGAAUCACUCGGAGGGUUAGGCAGUAGGUAGGUGCUUGGGCACCUAGAAGGAGGCAGCAGUGCACAUGACUUGAAGCACAAACACAGGCACCAAAGGAACUUUUUACUGCAAAAACUUUGAUACUGAGUGAAUUUAGGCACCUCCAGAGUUAGUUCAGUGGGAGUUUUGUGAAUCGCAGUGGUGCCUAAAACUGGGAUAUAGGCACCUACACCCAGCCUUAGCCACCUAAGCACCUUUAUGACUCUAGGCUGGAAAUACAGAGCUCCCUUUCUGUAAGACUGCACACUCCAUUCUGGUGCUCGACUCAAUUAACCAAGUAACUCCCUCCUUAAAAACAGACACCUUCGGGAGGUCGUAUUGACACUUGGAUGCCCAAGACCAGCCUUGCUAGGAAGGAGCACCGUACAUAUAUUCAGUUUAUGUCAUGUCAGCUGGUGGCAUCUCUAGGAUUUUGCAACAUAUGGAGAGGGUGGAACAUGGUUCUUUACUGGGAAUUGGGAUGCCCAGUUACAUCCCACGCUCCUGUUGUGUUUGUCUUUGUUACACCGAGCGGGAUAGACUAAGGCUCUCCAGCCAACAAACCAUAGGGUUUUGAACAACACCCUCCAAACCCGAAGAUUUAGCUUUGCCCCAGUCCUUGAAAAUUUGAUAUUGAAAGUGUUUGUGUUUAAAAUCCUAUUGUCAAGAGGUACCUGAGGGUCUGUCUCUGUUAACUAAGUGAUGCUUCUUCCUAUAAGGACCUUCCAAUUGUUUUUGUAUUUUAAACAAGUCAUGUGUCUGCGUCCAUGUGACUGCAGUGCAGUCUUGUUUCUAACUAUUGGGUGUGCGAUGUGUGGGCUUGAACAAGGAGUUUGUUCACUGCUUUAAGUACGUAAAGAACUGCUUGGCCAAAACAGAUCUUGUUAAAAUGGAGAAACACAGAAUUUCCAGGACAAAGGCAACAUUUUGAAGUGGUGAAAGCAAAUUUACACACAGGAGCCAAAAAGUGUAAAAUGGGCAGUUUGUUCCAGGAGCCAAAAUUUUGCCCAGUGGAUCCACUUCUGGAACAAUGGCCUGUCCGUCCACGGCUGCACAUAGGGAUGGAAGAAAUUGACAACUGAAAACCAUUGCUUGAUAGUAUGUUCAUAGUGUGCUCACAAGUUGGCUGUGUUUAUGCUUGAGGGCUGCUUCUUCAUGCUUUGAGUUUCAGAGAUUUUAAUGGUGGAGAUUUUGUGUAUUUGAAAAA